AUGGCGAUAACGCAAAUGAGAGGACAAUGGCUGGAUAUGUGGAUAUCUUUUUGUUUGUCGCUGCUGCUUGUGACUUAUUUGGGAGGAAUCUCUGCUCAGAUACGUUAUUCCAUCCAGGAAGAAUUAAGAAUAGGCACCGUGGUUGGACAUGUGGCCAAAGACCUUGGAUUAGAUCUCAGAAGACUGACGGAUAGGAAUCUUCGGGUCGUGUCUGGAACAAAGCAGGAUCUGUUUAAGGUAAAUCCAAGGGAUGGAGUUUUGUUGCUGAACCAAAUAAUAGACAGGGAGCAGCUUUGUGCAAAAACUGCUCCAUGCAUCGCGAAUCUGAAAGCAAUCGUAGAAAAUCCACUCGAGAUGCACCAGAUAACAGUUGAAAUAUUCGAUGUAAACGACAAUUCACCCACAUUUCCUGAAGAAAACUACACAUUAGAGGUGCUCGAGUCCGCCAUAGUUGGAUCUAGAUUUCAAAUGGAGGGAGCACACGACUUGGAUGUUGGUUUAAAUUCCUUACAAACAUAUAAGCUUAACAAUGAACAGUAUUUUCGCCUGGAAACAGAGGAAUUUGGAGAGGAUGGAAAAGUUCCGUUCCUAAUCUUACAGCGACCCUUGGAUAGAGAACACGCCGCUCAACUCUGGUUACAAUUAACAGCUAAUGAUGGAGGUAAACCAUCUAAAUCUGGUACUAUUAAUAUCACUGUUAAUGUGUCAGACAUAAAUGACAACCCGCCAGUGUGUGAUAAACAGAAAUACACUGUAACAAUAAAGGAAAACGCACCUGCAGGAACAUUUCUGCUGACAGUAAAUGCAUCUGACUCGGACGAGGGGAUGAACGGUGAGGUCGAAUACUCUUUACGAAGUAAACAUAGAGGAGCAUCCUCUGAACCGUUUGAUUUGAAUAGAAAAACUGGCAAAUUAACGGUGAAAGGUGGCCUUGAUUAUGAGGAAAGGCAAGUAUAUGAGAUAAAGGUACUGGCUGCAGACAAAGGUGCCGUGUCUCUUUCCACACAGUGCAACGUGGUUGUCAGAGUGGAAGAUGUAAACGAUAAUCAACCCGAAAUAGAGAUCACAUCCCUUUCUAGUAAAAUUCCAGAGGAUGCACCUCCUGGCACGGUGGUGGCGCUGAUGGGUGUGACGGACCUCGACUCAGGUGUGAACGGACAGGUGGUCUGCAGUGUGCCCGGCCAUUUACCAUUUGAUUUAAAGCCUUCUCCUGACGGACAGUCAUACUCUUUGGUCACCAAGGACUACCUAGAUAAGGAAACCAUGCAUAUGUAUUCUAUAACGAUAACAGCUAAGGAUUUAGGGAGCCCCGCCCUGUCAUCUACAAAGGUGAUACACGUAGACGUCCUAGAUAUUAAUGACAAUAGUCCUUUCUUCAUUGGAAGCCCAUACACUUUUUAUGUGCCUGAAAACAACAAAGUUGGAAUGUCGAUUUUUUCAGUUAUCGCAACAGAUGCCGAUGGAGGCGAAAAUGCAGAAGUCACAUUUUCACUCAACCGUAACAGCGCAGGGCCCACUGUGACUGCAUUUUUAAAUAUAAAUCAAGCCAAUGGCACAAUUUCGGCAACAAAAAGCUUUGACUUUGAGACUCUGAAAACGUUCCAGUUCCAAGUUGUCGCCACAGAUUCUGGAACUCCGUCACUAAGCAGCAACGUCACAGUGCACGUGUUCAUUCUGGAUCAGAACGACAACGCUCCAGUCAUCCUGUAUCCGGUCAGCUCUAACGGUUCUGCUGAAGGUGUGGAGGAGAUUCCCCGCAAUGUGAACGCAGGACACUUGGUGACUAAAGUCAGAGCCUAUGACGCUGAUAUAGGAUAUAACGGCUGGUUACUGUUCUCACUGCAGGAAGUUACUGCCCACAGUCUCUUUGGUUUGGACCGCUAUACAGGACAGAUCAGAACACUUCGCUCAUUCACAGAGACAGACGAGGCUGAGCAUAAACUGCUCAUACUGGUGAAAGACAAUGGCAACGUUUCCCUGUCAGCAACAGCUACUGUGGUUGUUAAACUUGUGGAGCCCAGAGAGGCUUUUGCUGCUGCUGAUGUUAAAAGUGCAACAAAGGAUGAUGAGGAUAAUAAUGUGACUUUUUACCUGAUGAUAACUUUGGGCUCAGUCUCAACA